AUGCGCAAGGUUUUUGAAAAUGAAGUUAACUCAGGGGAAGUAGAAUUGUUUCUUCAGGAUUUUCAACAUAGUGAUGAUUUUGAGGAUCAGUUUAAAAAGAAGACAGAAAGUGAGAGUGACCCCAGCUUGUGGACAACCAGUAACUUCUUUCUAAAAAAGAAGUCGAGCAGUGAGGAUGAAGAGCUGGCAGGGCCUUCCCAUACUGACACCCCUAAACUUCAGGGAAAAUUGUAUUUCUAUUUGGAAUGUAGAAAACAGUGGUACAUUAGGGAGAAGCAGAGGAGCAGUGAGGAACCCUUCCUGAGUUUUUUCACGAAGGCGCCCAGUGAAGUAAAACGAGGGCCCCACACUGGGGAAAGGGCGAACCCGCUGGAAAGGAUGAUCGGUAAACCCAAAACAGGAGCUAGUCACUUUGUAAAACACUUGCAGUUCACCAAGUGGCCAGACGAUGGCACUCCUGCCUCAGCAGAAGGUUUUAUAAAGUAUGUUCGUUAUGUAAGGAAGAGCCACCUUACAGGACCCAUCAUUGUUCACUGCAGUGCUGGCGUGGGCCGGACAGGGGUGUUCCUAUGUGUGGAUGUUGUGUUCUGUGCCAUUGAAAAGAACUUUUCAUUCAACAUCAUGAAUAUAGUGGGCCAAAUGAGAGAACAACGUUAUGGAUUUCAUUGA